UGUCUCCUCUUAGCAAAGACACACACCUACGUGAGACGAGCUAGUUGACGUUUUUUUUACUAGGUAUUUAAAGUUUUGCUUUUAUCGCCUCAAGCUUGUUCCAAUGUAGUACUCUGUAUAUUAAAACAUUCCGCUUGUAAAAAAAACCCGCAUUAUUUAUUGGGCGACUUCGUUUCUCCUAAAGUGUCCGCUUCCCCUCCCCUCGAUGAAGCGCUGCGAUGCCCUCUGAUUUUAUAUCCCUCCUUAGCUCGGACCUCGACCUCAAUUCCCCCAAAUCUCUAUACUCAAAAGAGUCGGUAUAUGACCUCCUCCCCAAAGAGCUCCAGCUCCAGCCGUCGUCCACCCAGACAGACCCACCCACCAUGAGCCAGAAGAGUGGGGGAGAGGCGGGACCUCCCCCCUCUGCAGCCUUGGCCUCAGAUGCCACCUCUUCCACCUCCAGCCCCUCUGCCUCUUCCUCCGUGGCCAUGGGAGUCCCAUGUUCUGGUCUCUCCACUGGUUCCUCUACCUUACCCUCAGACCAACUCAAGGUUCCCCAGCAUCUCCACUCCACUGGAGGGGAUGGAGCUGGAGCAGAAAUGCAAGGUAUGGAGGGUGCUGUGUCUGCCCCCAACAGAGGCAACAGUGGAGCAAACACUGCAGCAGGAGAUGUAGGGUCAGGGAUCGGAGUCCAGCAGCCUCAGAACACCCCAUCAAAACGAAGGCCUGUAUUGAGCAUAUCCCCACCACCUGAGGAUCUAUUUGACGACAGCCAGAUGUCUUGCCAAGAUGAGCCUACCAUUUCUGGUCCGACAGGUCCAGACUCUGAGCAUAGUAGCAGCAUGUGGGCUGAUGACUCAGUUUCCAACUUCAGCUUGAUUAGCUCCAUCUCCUACAAUGACAACACAGAGGUGCCGCGCAAGUCUAGAAAACGAACCCCUCGCCAGCGACCUGGGCCCAAGCCUGCUCCUCCAGAGGACAGCAUGGAUGUGUUUGAUGCUGACAGCGCCAAGGCGCCUCACUUUGUCCUAUCACAGCUGGGCCCAGACAAGACCAGUCCCAUGGCCAGCUCACUUGAGUCAGGGACUGCAGUGAAGGGUGGGUCAUUGUCUACUCAGUUCCCCCAGAGGAGUGAUGGGAAGGAGCUAAAGAUCCUGGUGCAGCCAGAGACCCAGCACAGAGCUCGCUAUCUGACUGAGGGCAGCCGAGGUUCUGUCAAAGACCGCACACAGCAGGGAUUCCCCACUGUCAAGUUGGAGGGUGUGAGUGAAUCAGUUGUCCUGCAGGUGUUUGUUGCCAAUGAUGCAGGUAGAGUGAAGCCUCAUGGUUUCUACCAGGCAUGCAGGGUGACAGGACGCAACACUACUGCUUGCAAGGAAGUGGACAUAGAGGGCACUACUGUUAUUGAGAUCCCUCUGGAGCCCAGUAAUGACAUGACACUGGCGGUGGACUGUGUAGGAAUUUUGAAGCUGCGCAAUGCAGAUGUGGAGGCCCGUAUUGGUGUGGCAGGAUCCAAGAAGAAGAGCACCCGUGCCAGGCUGGCUUUUAGAGUUAACAUCCCCCAACCUGAUGGAUCAGUCCUCAUGCUACAGGUCCCCUCAUCACCCAUCCUCUGCACCCAGCCAGCAGGAGUGCCAGAGAUCCUGAAGAAGAGUCUUCACAGCUGCUCAGUGAGAGGAGGAGAUGAAGUUUUUAUCAUUGGAAAGAACUUCCUCAAAGGAACCAAAGUUAUUUUUCAGGAGAACAUUGCAGAUGAUAAUUCCUGGCAAGCUGAGGCAAAGAUUGACAUGGACCUUUUCCAUCAGAACCAUUUGAUAGUGACAGUCCCUUCAUUCCACAACCAGUCAAUAACUUCUCCCGUUUCUGUGGGAAUCUUUGUGAUGACCAAUGCCGGUAGAUCACAUGAUGCCCAGCCCUUCACCUACACUCCAGAUUCAGCUGAUAACUCGAACGUCCGGACAGUAAAAACAGAGGGACCCUCCCUGGUUAAGACGUGUAUAUUUGAUGGUCAGAUCAAAUCUAUGUCCUCUGAGCAAACUGACUGCUCUGGUCAGCCCUCCAAACGGCAAGAGGACACACCAAUGGAAGUGUCUAGCAAUCCUGCAUCCACAAAUGUCUUCAAGCCAUCCCCCGAUCCACUUGUGUCAGUACAACAGACCCUGGAGCUCAGCUCUAGUCCUCAUCCAGGUGGAGAGUCCUUUCAGAGUCCAAUGCCCCUACAACCUGAGGAUGUGGAGCUUCCUCAGGCGCCCCCUGUCUUUCCUAGCCUAGAGUCUCUUGGCACCAUACAAAAGCAAGACAUUGCCCCCGCAGCCUCCUUCCCAGUGUCAGGAGAUCCCACAAUCCCCCCUGUAACACCAGAAGUCCCUCAGCAAUUCCUCAGAGACCCUCAGGAGAGCUUGCCUCCUGAAGGCUCCAACAAUAGUGGUGAGGUUGUAGUUGUAGCCAUGCCUCAAAUUGCAGCUUCCUCUCAGCCCCAGCCACAACAGUCACAGGUUCCCCUAUUCCCCCAGGAAGAGGUGGCCCAGCUGGAGAGGGCAGUAAGGGAGUUACAGGCUGGAAGUAACACCACACUCCAACAGGUUUUGGAGGCAGCUGUAGCCCAGCAGCAGCUAAACUCCGUGCUGUACAGCCCCACACCCUCUGCAGAAUCCCUUCAGCAGCAUGUCCAGGAGAACAUGAACAGCCUUAGAUUGGGAACCACAGAUAAUUCACUAUCAACACAACAACAGAUACAGAUACAGCAGCAGCAACACAUACAACAACAACAGCAGCAGCAGCAACAACAACAACAACAACAAAUACAGCAACAGUUUCAACAGCAUCAACAACUGCAACAACAGCAGCAGCAAAUCCUUGGUAACCUUCAGCAACAACAGCAGCAACACCUGCAGCAGCAGCAGCAGCAAGUCAUUGGAAACAUGCAGAUUCAACAACAGCUUAUACUGCAGCCGCAAGACCAACAGCAACUGCAGCAGCAGCAAAUCAUGGAGAAUAUUCAACAGCAACAAUUGCAACAAAAUCAACAACAGCAAGUCCUUAACAACAUCCAACUUCAGGAUCAGCAACAAAAUCAGAUACUUAGCAAUUUACAACAGCAUCAAUUACAACAACAGCAGCAGCAACAACAGCAGCAAAAUCAGGCAUUGAGCAAUCUACAGCAACAACAACAGUUGCAGGAACAGCAGGUGCUGGAGAACUUACAGCAACACCUUCAGGCUGAGUUGCUCCAGCCACAGAUCCACACCUCCCCACAAGUACAGCAGCCAGUCUCCCUCCUUCAACAGGCUGGAGAGCUGCUCACCAUCCAGACCAGCUUCCCAGCACAGCCUCCAUCCCACACCUCUCCCCCACAGCAGCUCUUUCAGUCCCCCAGGCCUCUUGCAGAGACCCAGGGCUCCCAACAGCAGGUCCAGGCUGCCCUACUCCAAAAUACAUUGACUGUUCUGACUAGUGGUGGUCUUAACUCGGAGCAGCAAUCCACAGGUUCAGCCCUAUACCUGUCCCCAAACACUCAGCCCCAACAACAGCAACAGUUGGCAUUCAUCUCCUCCAUGGAGACAUCUACCAGCCAGCCCCAGUCUGUUGCAAUGUUUCAGAAUCAACCCCAAGCUCAGCUUUCACAAAUGCAGCAACAGAGCACUCCCAUGGAGCAGCAACAGUCUCCACAGCAAAACCAAGAACAGCCACCACAGCUUCCAAUGGGCCAACAGGGCUCCUUGUUCCAAAGUAUCCCAAACCACUCCCAGACGAACACUGUCCCCCAGAGCCAGCUCUCUCAACAGCAGCAGGCAGGUCUGCUCCUCUGCACCACAGAUCUUAACCCCCAAGCUAUUCCCCCAACUAUCCUAUUCAGCACCCAGACCCAAGGACCUUCCCCUAUGGGCAGCAUUAGUGUUGGAAUUCCUCAGCCAGACCCAGCAGAGCCCAUGUCUUUCCAAGACCAGAGCUCCUCAGGCAACAACUCGACAUCCACUGAGAGCCAACCACAGAGCCUGUUCCAGGAACAACAGCCAAUGCAAGUGGGCCCAAGUUCCACUCGCGUCCAGAGCAGUCAACCUGUAGAGCUGUUCUUGCCACAGACGUCUCUGUCCAGCCUCCAGAGUACUAUUGGCUCACAGGAGUUGAGCAAUCAGGCUCCAGCCCCUGGCACGACCAUCUUUGUGGUACAGGGAGGUGUGGGUGUGGUAGCCAACCCUGGCCAGCAGCCCCCAGAGCAGCUUUUCCAGACAACUGUGGGUGGAAAUGUGGCUCCACAAGGACAAGCCAACCUGUUUGUGUUUGGCAUCCAGAAUGACUCAACCCAGCUGCUCAAUUCCUCUGGAUCCACCCUGCCAGCCCAGAGCCAGGCCCAGAACUCCAGUCACAUGCAGCCUCUCUUGGACCAGCCCAUGGCCCAGGCUGCAUCCUCAAUGCCAGCUGCCAUGCACAGCAGCUUACAGAACACCCUUCAGGCACAAAUGCAGUCCAGUUUAGAGAACGCCAUGCAGACCAGCCUACAGAAUACAAUGCAGACAGACACACAAACAGCUCUGCAGUCCAGUUUACAGGCAACCAUAGAAACAAGCCUGCCAACUCCAAUGCAGACCAAUCUGCAGACCAAUCUACAGACACAGAUACAGAGCAGCUUACAGAAUACAUUGCAGUCAUCAAUAUCUGCAUCGUCCAACAUGGAUAAAAUUGAGGACCUACUGGAAAGCCUACAGAAGCAGUGAUAAAUGUUUGGACCAUGUGGGCACUAAGGAGAGUGCGUGAUAUGUAGCUGAGAGUUAUACAUCCUUGCGUCGACAAACAGACUGGGGGUGUGUGGUGUUUUGUGUCAAUGCCAUAAAACUUUUAAAAACUUAGAAAUUAAAUGCCCCUUUUACCUAAAAUCCAAAUUAUGAGCUCAUGUAACUCCUUGUUUUUAUGAAAUAUUUAUCAUAAAUUAUAGCCUUGGUACAUCCAUUGUCCUUGAAUCGAUGAAUCCGCCUUUUGUUAUUACCCCUCUUGCAGGAUCAGAGAGGUGUGUAAUAACUGCUUUAUCCACCAUUCUCAAAAAUGCAGUGUUUAGUUUUCAAGACUGUUUUAAUAAUGUGAGCCUAAGAGAUGGGGGAAAACCUACCAGGUUUGGUGGAAAAACUGGAAAGGGAUAAAGAAUGUCUGUGAUGGGAAAAUUAAUGUGAGAUGAGCAGGCAGAAUGAUUAAAACAGCCAGCCAUAUAUUCAAAAUCAGAUUGCACAUUAAGUGUCGGACAUAGGCUGAAUCUCAUUUUUUGAAUGUGUAGACUCCACACCUUGGCUUUAUUCUGAGAGGCAAAGGCUGGAAGACGAGUUUUGUUUAGUUUUUUUCAAGCAGCUGAAAAUGGGUUGAGAACACAAACAUAAAUACAGGGAUGGAAUAUUGUCACAACCUCUUUUCCAAUGGGGAGUACAGUAAUUUUCGCAAUGAAUCAAACCUUGUGUUUGCGUAGGUCAACAAUUUGACUGAAAUCUACUCUUAUGAGUAAAGACUAAUAAAUUAUGUACAUUUGUAAAACGUUUUACCUCCAUCCAUAUUGACUGGCAUGGCUGGAGUCCACACCUGAAUUGAUCAGGAGGACAGUUGAAAAUUGAUCAAGUCCACUCUUUUUUUAGAGAUUAUAUGGACUCACUUGUGAAAAUGGGGCAUGAAUACAGUCAGGCAUUGUAGUGGAUUCCCCCAAGUGCAGAAAGAAGACGAAAAUAUUAAACACUCGCAAAUGGGAUUCAACCUGGUGAAUAAUGUGACUUGGCCUUUUGUUUUGGCAUCUCCCAGUGUUUUCAUGUGUUCAGGCCUCAUCACUGGGUUUGCAGAAGCUUUCUCGGUGAACUUUUUAGAAGCAUUCAACUAUGUAGUGUGUAUAUCUUUUUUUUUUUUGUUUGUUUGUUUGUUUUUGAAGAAGUUGGUAACCUUUACCAACUUUAUGUGGAUAGAAAGAAACUUUCCACUAGUGAAAACGGAGUGUUGUGUGGUUUUAUAAACAUUUUAUCUCAAGCACUUUAUAACCUCUUUUGUGUAACCAGCUAAUCCUUAUAUCCGUCCACAGCUCUCUACUGACCCAGCUGAAUUUGUACUCAGAACCAUCCAUUUAAAAAAGAAAGAAAAAAAACCCAGAAAGCAGAGCAGUUGUCUUUGUAAAGGUAAAUACAUCAUAACCGAGCAUUUUUACAUUUUCUCAUGUCAGAAUAUUUUUGAGGUGUAGGACAACUUUGUAUAGAAUGUCUGCUCACUCUUGAAUCCCUCUUUGUAUUCAGUCUCAGUGGUCCAGUCAAGUCUGUCAAAAAGAACAGCCAUUCCCACAAAAGCAUUGUCAUUUUUCAGUGUUGGAGUGGUAAGUAGGCCUUUGUGUUUUACACAUUGACAACACUUAUAAUACUGAUUAGUUUGUGCAUUUAAAUGAAGGAUUUGCAUCAUAUUUGCUAUUUGUACUAUUUUACUGUUUCAAUCUGUCACUUGAGACUGUUUUACCUUGUGUUGUGUUAGAUAUUUAAGUUUUUGUCUCAGUGUUGGUACCAUGUGCAGCCUGGCACCGUGUGAAGUUGGCAUCCAGUAGCCGUCCCUUGUGUUGUGAACAGGGGAGCUCACUGGUAAAUGAAAUCUCUGUUACAUAGAGGCCGCCAUUUUGAUUCUAUCUAUGGUGCUAUGUGCAGGAGUGAUGGGCACUUCUGAUGUGAUGUUAGUACAUAACAGUUUAUACUUAUAUCAAUAGCACUGACGUUUAAUUAAGUUUUGAAGCCGUUUUGGAGAGUUGAGUGUAGAGAGCUGGCUGUUGUUGUGGGGUCAGACUGGAGUGCACCCAGGCAUACCAAAGCUCUUGUUGUGAAUCGCCGUCAUCUUGUCUCAUACUUGUCCCCCGCAGAUGCCCUCACAAUGUUUACUCAUUUAUACUUGCUCAUUUUUAAAUUUUAAAUUAUGCAGCUCUUACAUGGAUAGCAAUUCAGCAUGUUGUUUUGUUCAAGAUUUAUAAAAGAUGUGUAGGUACUUCAUGGAUCAGUUAAUCUCCCGUCGACAUUUCCACCAAUUUGAUACUUUACAUUUCUCAUGACAUUGCUUUCUUUUUUUCUUCUUCUUUUUUGACGCAAAAUAAUACUGCUGUAACUUCCAUAUCUACAACAGUAGCCAAUUUGGAGUUAUCAAAAAGCCAACUUUUGAGAACUAUUCAGAUGUUAUGAAUAGCAUUGCUCACAUGUGCAUUUGUUUACAUUUUCAUAGUCACACUAUUUUGUCCUGCAGCUGUUAGUGAUCCAUUUUAAAGUAACUUAUCUUUUUUAGAAUUUUGUAUCCAUGUAUCAAAAAGUGUAGAGUAUUUUUGUAAAACUAAACUUUUUUUGGUUUAUGCUCAUAGCACAGAAUAUCAUUGCUGGUAUGUUUUCCUGAAAAUUAAGGUGUAUUGCAGGUGUAUUGUUAAGUGUAUGACUGAAAUUAGAAAUGUAAUUAAGUGGACAUCAAGCAAAUAUGUUUAAAAAAAAAGCAAACUUAGUUCUACUGUUUUAACAAUGGGUUUGCCUAACUUGUAUCACAUAAUACAUGGGCUAGGUUUCUGAUGUUUCUUUUCUUUUUUUGUUUAACCUUUUUAUGUCAUGCAUCUCAAAUGGCACUUUGACUCAUCCAUUAACUGUAGAUCAGGUUAAAGCGCAGUAGUGACGUUUCCAAGCAUUCCAUUCCUCUUGGGUAGGGGAGUUAAGAGCACAUAAUGUUGCGGAAGAAGUGUGGAACAGUAAUGCCUCUUAAAGCCAUACCAACACAUACCAACACACAAAGCCAACCUGUGACUUCAGUUUCAUGAAUGUAAUUUUUACCUCAUGGUGUGGACAUAGAGCUUUCUCUACAUCUAACAUCGGACCAAUUAUACAGUUUUAGAGAACAUAUAUUUUGAGGCAUAAGGGGGGGAUGGGGUGGAGUGGCACCAACUGUCAUUUGUGGCAUUGUACAUUCGUCAGAUUGUUUUGUCUUGGAUUGUGGUGUAAUUUCAUGUUUUGUUUUGUUUUUGUUUUUUACGUCCAGUCAUUUUCAUUUUUGAGCAAUCCAGGAUGCUCAGUCUGACUCUUCAAAUAGCCACUUCCACCAUAUUAAAAAAAAACAAACACGUGAAACAUUUAAUGGUGGCAAAGAUAGCACACAAAUCUUUACACAAUAUCGGUUUUGUCCUUCAGUCAUGUAAAUGAAUAUCCAUGUAUAUUUAAAUGUGAAAUAUACUGCAGGGGUAUCUUGAAUAUCAAUUGUGAUGCUUUCAACAGAACUUUGUGUGCCUUGAUAACUUUACCGUUACUCUGCUGUGUUUACUUGUGUC